AUGAAGAAGCAGAAAGCCAACCAGCAGCAGGUCAUGCCGCCCAUCAUCAAUGGCCUGCUCGAGCCCCCUCCAGAUGCUGCACUCUUUCCUCCUAUUGCGUCAAGCUCCUUUAAGGACAACGAUAUGCACCAACUUAAUCUCCUGCGAGAGUUCACGAAUGUGACCGAGGACCGCCAUCCGAACGGAUCGCUUCGCGACUCAACAAAGUCGACAGGAGCGAAGACCAGAAGGAAGUCAACAAAACCUCGUCGAAAAUGGACUGAAGUUGAGACCAAGGACCUGCUGCUCGGGGUCAAUCGUCACGGUGUCGGAAAGUGGACGACAAUUCUAGAGGAUCCUGACUUUGGCUUCAAUGACCGGACUGCUGGUGAUCUUAAAGAUCGAUUCCGGACGUGCUGCCCCGAGGAACUUCGCACGAACCUACCAUCUCGACCAAAAUCUAGCGCGGCUGGUAAGGCCUCCUCACCCAUGCCUCGCAAAUCUGGGGCUGCUAGCUCGUCAAAGCCCAAGGCUAAAUCGGGUCUUCUCUCUGAAAAUAUCCUCAUCCAUUCUGAGGAUGAUUCAGAAUCUCAGCCGACAGCAGCAGAAAAGGUACCCACCAAAGCUCCCUCAAAAGCCAAGAAAGGUCGCGCUCAUCGGAAGAAUCUCGAGGAUCUCGUCGAGCUUGGUAUCCACGGGCCUUUCAAGCGCUCCCGACGUAGGGAACGCCGGCCUUUUACGGAAAAGGACGACAAGGAGAUACUUGAAGGACUUGAUCUCUAUGGCCCUGCAUGGACAAAGAUACAACGCCACGCUCAAUUUGACUUGUCUAGUCGCCAGCCAACGGAUCUGCGAGAUAGAGUUCGUAAUAAGUAUCCGAGUGUGUACCAACGAAUUGAAAAGGGCCUUUUCCUCAUCAAAGAUUCAAAUCCAGGCAGCGAGCUUCUUGAGCCUUCAGUAAAUAUGACAAUCGAAAACUCCCUAACAAAAGCUACUUCUGGGGCCAUGGACACACAACUCAAUCGACCUAGCUCUCGUGAGGAGAUGCUGAAGUGGGCAGGUCCAGUCCAACAAACCGGCGAGCUGCCUGAGUUGGGCCCCAUUGCUCCAUCUAUCGCCAACACAGGGGAGAUGGAUAUCUCAAGAUUCCUAGUUGACAAUCCCUCGGAGAUGAGGUCUAAUGGCAAGCAAGUGCAUCCUUUGUCACCAUCACGCUCCUCCUCUCCUGUGCCAGGUGGCCUUGGCUAUGAGUGA